ACCGUACUCUUUGUUGGGGUUUCAAAGCAUCUAGUCAGCUGAUCGGUUUGAAGUAUGAUAUUUCACUUGUUCCCGGGACCAAUAAUAAUCUGACUGAUAUGCAGUUUUCUAUCCUCUAAACACCUUCCGAUAAAGCUUCACAAUGGGGCCCUCGCGUUGUGUGGUAUUGUAGAUAUUCAAGUUAUCUAAAAUGGAAAACUUUUCUAAUUAUUUUAAUACUAAUGGUUCGGUCGUGGCUAAUGGGAAGACUAAUUCAUACCACAAAAGCGACGUGUGCAUCAACGAUAGUUUACCGAAAGAGUUAAUCAUCAGGGUUUUUUCUUACCUAGAUAUCACUACUCUAUGCAAAUGCUCUCAAGUUUGUAAAUUUUGGUAUGAAUGUGCUUUUGAUGGGAGCAACUGGAAGAGUAUUAAUUUAUUUGACUUCCAACGAUACGUGCAGCCUAAGGUAGUUGAAAAAAUUGCUCAGAGAAGUCGCGGCUUCCUCCGUGAGUUGAGGUUGAAAGGCUGCCGAAAUGUUACUGAUGAGGCUCUAAAAUGUUUUACCGAACUUUGUCAUAUGAUUGAAAGUUUGGACUUAUCGGGAUGUCAAAACUUGACGAAUGGAACUUGCGAUUAUUUAGGAAAAAAUUGUUCUCUUCUGACUACUUUGUCCCUGGAAAGUUGCUCUCGUAUAGAUGAUGCUGGAUUAGAAACGCUAAGCCGGUGUUCAAAUCUAACAUGUUUGGAUGUGUCAUGGUGUAGUGUUGGAGAUCAUGGGUUAACCGCUAUCGCCAGAGGAUGUAAAAGUUUACAAAGAUUUCGUGCUAUAGGUUGCCAAGAGAUAACAAGUCGUGGUGUGGAACAAUUAGCACGUCACUGCCAUAGUUUAUUGCUGUUAAACUUGAAUUACUGUGGACAGGGUGUCACAGAUGAAGCUAUGGUUCAUCUUUCCAUUGGUUGUCCUGAUCUACGUGUACUAGCUAUAUCACAUUGUUCAAUAACUGAUCAAGGUCUUCGUGCAAUUGCUGGCACAUUAUCGCCAGCUGCAGCAGCAGCUAUCGUUGGACAAGCUACAUCUACCAGUCAACAAAAUGGGAUCCCUUUAAUUCUUCCGGUAGUAACAAGCAAUGGAAGUGUUAAUCAUCAAGAUGUUUCAUCACUAAACGGUAAUGUUAAUAAUCAUGGAGAUCGAGAUAAUAAUCGACGCCAAAAAACUAAUGAUUCUAAUAAGAUAACAUUGAUUCCAGUUGGAUGUGUUAACUUAACAACUUUAGAAGUGGCUCGUUGUUCAGCUAUCACAGAUAUUGGACUAUCGGCAAUCGCACGUGUUUGCAAUAAACUUGAAAAGUUGGAUCUAGAAGACUGUGCAUUAGUGACUGAUUCAACUUUAGCUCAAUUAGCUGUACAUUGUCCACGUUUGAAUACACUAGUAUUAUCACAUUGUGAUCAAGUGACUGAUGAAGGUAUCGCACGUUUAGCUGAAGGUCUUUGUGGUCCUGAUCAAUUGCAAACAUUAGCUAUGGAUAAUUGUCCAUUAUUAACAGAUGCUGCUUUAGAACAUCUUGGCAGUAAUUGUCGUAAACUUCGACAGUUGGAUUUAUACGAUUGUCAAUUGAUAACGAAGCAAGGAAUCAACAGUUUAGAGUUACAUUAUCCCCAACUUCAAAUUCAUGCCUAUUUCGCUCCUGGUACUCCGCCUGCAUUAACUUUUGCAAGACGACGUCGUUAUUGUCGGUGUUGUCGCAUAAUAUAACUUUGUUAAUUUGUCUAUUUACCCAUUCACACCUCUCGUUCUUCUGGCCAAGUUGUCAAUUUGGUUGUAUUGUCUUCUAACUUAAUUUUCCCCAAUUUUAUUUCUCUCAGGUUACCUAGCCAUUGGCAGUAAUGGAUAGAAGAAUAGUAGCCUGAGUGAAUAAAUACCCAGAAAUUUUAUAGUUUGUUAUAAUAUCUCCCCUGUGACCUUUAAUCGUUGCUUUUUUAUAUAAGAUCAGUACAACUUAUAUGUCAUAUAUAUAUAUAUAUAUAUA